AUGGCUUUAAUAACAACGAAUGUAAAUAAUGAAAGAAGGCGUCGAUUAUACCAUCCAUGGGAAAAACUAAUAAAAAAUGUUCAUCGAGACAAUUUCCACCAAGCUCAUAACUCAGUAAAUAAUCCAGAAUAUCCUGAGAAAAAAGUUGAGAUACCCAAUGAAGACCGUGCUAGGUUCAAAAUAAUUGGCAAUAGAGUGACGAAGGAGUUUAUUUACUGUGAGAAACUCCUUAAAGACUUACAUAAAUAUCGUAGGAGAGUAUUUGACGCUCCCGAAAUUCGUGGGGUCACGACGGUGGAAUGGCCGCAAGUAUGGAAGGAUAUUAAAAUAAAAUAUGGUGAAUUAGCUUAUUGUCUACAGAGCCAAGUCGCUGUUAUUCUUAACGAUAAUUUUCUUGGCGGUGAAAACGAAUUAAGAGAAGUCAUUGAGUCAAGAUACAACUACAAAUUAGAUGUAGAUUAUUAUAAGGAGGGCGUCAACAAUUUUGUUGAUUUUAUCAGAAUUUCUGGACUUUAUUCAGAUAUAGUACCAUACACUUGCGAAAAUUUCCUACGCCUAUGUCAAACAAACAAGGGCGGCUAUAAAGGAACUCCCAUACAUCGCAUCGUUAAAGAUGGCUGGAUACAAUGCGGAGGUUUUGGUCUUAAAUCCACAGAUUUGGAUUGUGAAAACUUUAUUGUACCUCAUGACAGGCGAGGUGUUCUAUGUAUGGCUAACGAUGGACGGCAUAAAGACUGCUCAACGCAAUUUUUUGUGUUACUCCAACCGGCGCCUUGGAUGGCUCACAAAUAUGUAGCGUUCGGCCAGCUUAUUGACGGAGAGUCAACGUUGAACAAGAUCGAAUCUGUUCCAACUUUCUAUGAAUCACCAGACUGUUGUAUAUACAUUCAGGAUGCUGGAAUUUUAAAUUUAGAAUGCCACGAUAUAAGAAUUAACAAAAAUACCAACGAAUAUAUAGAUGGCCACAUAGAAGAUUUGAAUUUAUUAGGUGAUCUGUUGUACGAGAAUUUAAUGGAGAGACUUUUCUUGGAACUGGAACUGCGACUCAUAGCAAAAGAAGAAAUGGAAGGAGAAGGUGAAUCGAAGGAAUUAAAAGACGACGGAAAAAAUAUACGCGCCACUGAAAGGUUUAUUCGUAAAAAAGAAGAAAUUGAAAAGUUACGGACGAGUCAGUUAACAACGAGCAGAGCAUCAUCUAUGGUCAGCGAAGCACAUCAAGUUAAUAAUGAUUUUGACGUUGAAGUAUACGAAUAUGAGCCAGAAGAAUCCUCGUACCAGCACGUGUCCUUGAAAACGGAGAGCUUAGUCGUGAAACCGGAGAAACCGUACUACAUAGCACUCACAGAUGUCCCUUAUCCCGGUGAAGUGGAUUCCAACUAUGACUUAAAGAAAUUUUUGAAAGGCGAUUAUUGCCUCGAAAGUGACCUGCAAAACCAUCCUCCGAAGAAGAUAAUAGCGAAACACUUAUCUUUUGUGUCCGAGAUGUAUCAGUUUGAUAUAGAGUCUGAAGUAACCUCGGUCGAAUCGUUGUCAGAAGACGAUGAACAAGAAAUCAAAAGAUAUAUUAAGCUUAAUGUAGACCGAGUGAGUUUCGCUGGUGGUGUAAUAAGAAACAUAGCAAGGGGCUAUGGAAAAUAUAAUCUUUUUGAAGGUACCAGAAAACUAGCCUCCAUGGAUCAUCGUGCAAAGGAAGGGAAUGAGAAAAAAGUCUCAUUAAGCGUGCCAGCCUAUAGAAAAGAACCUAUGAAAAUAAAAAGGAGGCAAACUGGUUUUGUUAGAAUGGAAGACUUAGAAAAAAUACAUUCAAAAUAUAAAAUAGGUAUGGACGAACACGCCGAACAUGAAGAAGACGAAUUUGUGUCUCGCAAAGUUCGUAUAGCGGAAUCAGCUAUUGCCACCCAGACUGGAACGAAACCAAAUCGUAGACCAACGGGUUUUGUGAGAGCCACAGAACUGACUGAGUCUGAUACACAAGUCAGAAGACAAUCUGCCCUUACGCGGCUGUAUGAUAAUAUAGCUAUUGAAGACGAAAGUGCCAUCACGCUUAAGGAUUACAAACCAGCUACGAAAGUGUCGCAGAAGAAUUUCCUCUUUACGGCAUCACCAUUGAAUCGUGUGAAAUAUUACGAGGAAUAUUCAAAGGAGUCCCAUUUCCGACCGUCCAUCACGGUGGACAACACCUCCUACGAGCAAGUACUUAAUAUACAGCACGGGAGAAAGGCAGCGAGAAAAAUAUCGUCGGAUUACGUAAAAACAAUCGAUCAGAUUGAGCAAAGGAUUGAGAAUUCCAUACGAAGUAUCGAGUUCGCGAAAACACGGCCUUCUAUGACGGUCAGCGAGUACCAACAAAAGAAUCAAAAAUAUAGCAAUGAACUGGCGAAGAAGAGUGGUUAA